CUCCAGUUGAAAUUUUGCCUUUAGAAACAGCAAAAAGAGAAGAAACAGAAGCAAAGCUGUGAUAUCGAAGCAGACACUGGAGCCUGGAAUAUAACAAAAUGUUCAUGGUUGGUACUAAGAAAUCUGCUUGCGUGUUACCUAUGGGUGCUCGUUUUAUUUCUUCAAAGAGAUAUGAUCAAUACAGCUCUUAGUCAAGAAUUGGAAAUCAGUAAAAGAAAAAAGGAUUUGGGAAGAAUAGAUGCCAAUUUCCAUGCUGAUUUUCGAGAAAAAACAGUUUAUGAUCCAUUUGAUUUUUCUAUGGCUAAACUAAAACUAACAAGAAAAUUUCAAAAAAGAAGCAUGCAAUCUGAAGAGAUUCCAAAAGAACACAGAAAUUAUAGAUCAGUAAAAAAACAAAAGGAUAAAUUUAUUCGCUACCAAAUUGAUCCAUCAAAAUUAGUGGUUUUUCCAACUAUUUUAACCGAAUAUCUUUCUCCAACUGGCCAAAUUAACCAUCUUGAUUCCUGUGUUGGUUUAUCUGCUAAAUCUCAUAAAAGAUUAGUAAAAGCUAUAAAAAGAGCAAGAAACUUGGGUAUUUUAUCACCCAUUGCUAGGGAUCUUUAUUUUAAACAAUUGAAUUAAUUUUGAAUGUGUUUUGUCAUGUAUUUUUCUACUUAUUUUAUAUUUUAUAAAUAUGUAAAUUAUUGAUUUUAUUCUAUUCUGUUUUAUUCUGCUUUGCAAUGCUCAAAUUGGUUCCAUCUAGCUAAUUUCUUUGUACAAAAUUUUUUAAUUGA